AUGUCCAACGCAGUCAUCAGCGUCCAGCCAUGGCUCAAGUUCACGGCGACCACAGUGGGCCGUGACAAGAUUUACAGAGCCGUCCAGUACUUUUCCCGCUUCCUCGCCUGGUACUUACUCCGACAGGGCUCUUCCAAGGAAACCGUCGCCCGCUUCAACAACCUCAAAAAGACCCUUGCCCUCUCCCGCAAACUGAUGCGCUUCGGUAAACCUGUGGAGCAUUUGGAAGCAGCUGCGAUUGCCACCGGCGUCAAGGACGAGUUCCUCCGCUUCUGUGCCAUCGGCAAGCAGCUGGCCUAUGCUGGCUAUCUGUCGUAUGAUGCCCUCAUCUUUUUGGAUGGCGCGGGAGCAUACAAGUUCACAAAGAUUAAGCGAUACACAGAGUUGGCCAACAAGUUCUGGCUUGCAGGAAUUGUCUUCAGCUUCAUCUCGGGACUCUACAAGACCCGCCAGAUCCAGAUCCGUCGCCAUGCUGCUCUCCGUGGCCUCAAGCACCGUGGCGAGUCUGAGAAGGCUUAUUCCCGCACUGAGUUGUCCGGUUUGGCCAGGGAACAACACGCGCUGAACAAAGUUCUUUUGCAGGAUGGUCUGGAUAUGCUCAUCCCUGCAUCUGGCCUCAGUUAUGUGGACCUGGAUGAUGGCGCUGUUGGUCUUAUUGGUACCGUAACAUCGUUGAUGGGAGCUCAGUCGCACUGGGCUAAAGUGAACAGCAAGUAA